AUGCGGCAGCGACUUGUCACGUCUGUGCGUGUCCGCGGCACCGCGGCGGUAGCGACGCCAACGGUCGGCGCGGUGGCAGCGCUGCAACGCCGCGGUGCCGCGUCAAAGGUAACGUCAAGGACUGUAGACACCCCAGCAAAAUCAUCGAAUUCCACAACGUCGUCGACGGCGCCGCGCACGAUCAUCGCGAACGCCGCAGCGCCGUUCAGCGGCACCUACCUAGACGUCGCCUGGACGCGGCAGUUCAUCCUCGGCUCUCUGCUACAGCGCUAUGACCCUCUGCGAUACGCACCGGCAUCGCCAUCCUCCCCGUCCUCCACCACCGCUCGGUUGGUGGAGUCGGCCUUGUUGGAGUCGCAGAGACUCCUUAGCUCAACGUGGAAGCUGCCCGUGCGACCCCUCGACACCGUGAGUGAGGCACGCAUCCUUCGGCUACUAGCCCGCUACGCCGCUGGCGAGGGCAUCCUCUCCGACACGGCUCUAGAGAUGCUGCAGCGCGUCUUGGUGCGCCUCCCUGGUGCCCCGGCGUGCAUCUCCGACCCUGUCCACAUGCGCACCCUGCUGGAGCUCAUUGGGUAUGUGGACCCUGGCGACAACCUCACCCGGGUCGCGUACGCUGGGGAGCUGCACUACCCCCCACAGGCGCACGCCUUCAUGACGGAGCUGCUGGCGGAGGGCCGACACCGCGACGGCGGCGACGCCUUCGACGCCAUACGCGAACGCCGAGCGGGGCCGGGGUACGCCAUCGACUCCGCCACGACGAGCGAGGUCGACGAUGCAAUCGGCGUCUGCGUGGAUAUGGCAACAGGUGCAAAGUACUUUGUCGUGUACGUCUCUGAUGCAACCGUCUACUGCCCCUUCGACAGCACCCUGGAGCAGUUGACGGCGCGGCGGCUGACAACCACCACCUACCUGCCAGAGGGGGUCUUCUUCAUGCUCCCAAAACCCAUCGUCGAGGCGGCCACGUUGCGCGAGGACCGACCGUGUCGCACCUUCAACGUCAUCUUCCAGAUCGAUGAGUCCACCGGCGAGGUGAAGAACUACUCCGUCGCCGUGGGGUGGCUGGAUCAGCUGCGGCGCAUCACGUACGAUCAGGUGCAGGAAAUUAUCAUCAAGGAGGAAGCCAGGGAGGAGGGGGACAAAGGCGCAUCGUCCUCGCCGCCUCUCUUGGCUGAGUGUGCCGACAGCGCGCAUCCCCCGCCGGCGUGGAUGACGCGUGAAGACAAGGACAACCUCUUCUACAUUCUUCGGUGUGCCCGUCUUCGACUGCGGGCUCGACUGGAGCGGCAGCAGCGACAGCGACAGCAACACCACUGCGGGGCCGGGGGCAAGGACUGCGGAGAAGAGGGGGUGCCGGCGACGCCGCCGGUGGACUUCAGCCUCCCCGACCCCCACAUCGAAGUCAAGGGCACCACGGUGCUCUCCGUCACCGAUCAGGUCAUCUCCACCCAAGACGCCCGCCUCGCCGUGGCGGAGCUGAUGAUCGCUGCGAACGAGGUGUGUUCACGUGUUGCACAGGCCAACCACAUCCCAAUGCCGUUCCGCGGCACUCGCGCCCUCUCCAGCGAUCAUCUCGUGGCGCAUUACUACACAGAACCCGAAGGUGUGCGCACUCUGACGUCGCUCGACGCCUCGCACAUCUUCCUGGCCGAAGCCAUGCAGUCCUCCGUGCGUCGCCUCAGCACCGUGACACGCGCCAUCUACCAUCACGUCCCUCUCCACCAUGCUGGGCUCAACACGACCUUCUACACCCACAGCACAAGUCCGCUGCGUCGGUAUGCCGACAUGCUCGUGCACCAUCAGCUCAAGGCGUGGCUCUGGCAGCAGCGCCGCGGUGGCGGCGGUAAUGACCGGACCAGUGCGGCCUCCACCUCUGCCGCGCGUGCUGCCACGGUGGCCGCGCCUCAGCAGCCCAUUCCCGAGCAUGCCAUGGCUUCUCUGUGCGCCAUGAUCAGCACGAAGCAGGAGCGCGCCAGUCUCCUGCAGGACAACAGCGUGCGUUUUUGGAUUUUGCGGUACCUCGAGGACUUGGAGCGUGCCUCGGCCAACGCCGCCGCUGCUGCUGCUGCUCGUGGUGGUAGUGAUGGUGACACGCAUCACAAGAAGACCUACCUGUGCUUGGUUGGUGAGACACGCCGCGUGGUGGCCGCGCCGGCGUACAGCCGCUUCGCGUGCUCCUCGGCGGAGAUGUCACAGCUACUGUCCCUACCGCUGGCAGCACCGUCCACCACCUCGAGCACGGUGCGGCGCCCCGCAUCGUUGCAGAUGGACGCCGUUGCGCGUUGGCGGCAGGAGACUCCCGAGUUCACCUACGUCUCGGACGUGUACAUCCCUGAGGUGCAGCUGGCGCACACGAUCACUCACCACCGCAACGACGUCCUUGUCGGAGCUGUGCUCGAGUGCCGCAUCACUCGCGUUCAACCUACGCAAGGGGUGUUGGAGUUGGCCAUUGAACGUGUCCUCCCCGGCGGCGAUGAGCGGCACUACGAGCGCCUCUGGAUGGGUGGGGUUGUGUCCCAGCUGGAUGCGUGA